AAACAGCUAAGAAAACCAAAGUUAAAUUCAUUCACCUCUCUACUUGAACUGUUUCUAACCUUUUUCCCUCUGAACAAAAAUGGGAAUAAUUCCAUGUCCUUUGCCCUGCCAAUCCAAGAAAAAAUCAACAGAUUCUGAUCAAUCUCAUCCUACAUAUCUUCACUCAGAUUCUUCUUCUUCAUCAUCAUUAAAAUCAUCUAAUUCUUCCCUUCACUCACAGCCAAGUUUACCAUCAGUUCCUUCUUUAACUCCACCUUCUACUCAAACAGAACUUUUCUCAAACACCUACUGUGCAGCCACUUUUAAAGGCAAUUCCUCUUAUAUUUUCUGCCUAUCACUCUCUGGAAAAUACCUUUACACCGGCAACUCCAACGGAGAAAUCCUCUUAUGGAACAGAGAUCCUUUAAAUCAUUCAACAGAAUACAUAGUAGUAGCACAGAGUAGCAGUUCUGUUAAAUCCAUAGUCAUUUUCGGGGAUAAGCUCUUUAGUGCUCACCAAGAUCACAAAAUUCGGGUCUGGAAAAUUGACAACGACGCACCAAAUCAGAAUUAUAAGUGCAUGGCCACUUUACCGACACUUAAUGAUCGGUGUAUGAGAUUAUUCAGCGCAAAAAACUACGUUGAAGUCCGCAGAAACAAGAAAUGUACGUGGGUACACCAUGUUGAUACAGUUUCAGCUUUAGCCUUGUCAAUAGAUAGUUCACUGCUGUACUCUGCAUCUUGGGACAGAACUUUCAAAGUUUGGAGAACGUCGGAUUUCAAAUGCCUUGAAUCAGUCUUGAACGCUCACGAUGACGCGAUAAACGCAAUAGCUCUAUCGAAAAAUGGGUAUGUAUAUACUGGUUCAGCAGACAAGAAGAUCAAAAUAUGGAAGAAAGAAGAAGGGAAAAAGAAAUUACACAGCCUUGUGGCAACACUAGAGAAGCACAAAUCAGCAGUGAAUGCUUUAGCUCUUAGUACAGAUGGGUCAGUUUUAUACUCUGGUGCUUGUGACAGAUCCAUAAUUGUAUGGGAAAAAGAUAGUGGUGGUAGUGGAAAAAUGGUGGUGGCUGGAGCUUUAAGAGGACAUACUAAGGCAAUUUUAUGUUUGGCUGUGGUGUCAGAUUUAGUAUGCAGUGGAUCAGCAGAUAAAACAGUGAGAAUAUGGAAGAGAGGAAUUGGAAAAAGUUAUUCAUGUUUGUCAGUUUUUGAAGGACACAGAGGUCCAGUCAAAUGUUUGACUGCAGCUUUAGAUAGUAAGAAUAGUAGUAGUAGGAAUAAAGAUGAUUUUGGUUCUGGAAAUUCUUAUGUGGUUUAUAGUGGUAGCUUGGAUUGUGAUAUUAAGGUUUGGAAAUUUUGGGUUCCAUCCCUAUAGAAUUUAUCUCUUUGAUAUCUUUGUCUCUUGUUCAGAGCCUCACACAGUUACACACUUACACUACAAUAAUUUUUUGUACAUAGAAAUGAGAGAAAUCUUCAUAUUACCUUCUUUUUU